CUGCGUAAUUGGUAAUUUCAUUUUAAUUUUUUGACUAAGUUAAACCAUAUUUCUACAUUUUACCAUCAAUGGCAAUGCAACAGCGCAAUAAUUGAAGGUUUUAGUUGAACUUACACCAAAGAAUGGAUAAAGCCCAAUUGCUGAAGGAGUUUGAUGAGCUGAAUCGACUUUUAAGUGAUCACGAAAGUAAACAACACGUAAUUCCAAACUGUACAAAACGUAUGCCUGAUGAAAGAAAGCCGGUUGUCUCUGAAGAAAUUGUAAGCAAGCCUUCUAUUUUUAUCAAUCUGAAAAAAUUAAAUUCAGUUAAACCAGUAAGCAGAACUGUUAAAAAUUCUGAAAAUUCAUUUAGUGACAGAUCAAAAAUGCCUGCUAAGGUUUUCAUCAAUCCAAAUUUUAGAAAACAAGAUGUAUCAUCAACUCAAGUAUUGUCAAAAUUGAAUGAGUCUAAAGAAACGAAAGAUAAAAGUCAACUUCUCAGUAAAACCAGUUAUACCCGGUUAUCCCAACAAACAAAUAGGCAACAUUUAGUCAAAAUCCAUCAAUUGCCAACACAAAAACUGUUGAACUAUAACCAUCCAACAUUGAAGUUGAAAGUAGUUGAGCACAACCAACCUAGUUCAAACAAACAUAAAAUAUUCUUCAAUCCAGAAUUUUCAUCUUCUUCCAAACUUAGUGCUUGCCCGCCCAAGCCUUCUUCAAAUAUUAUUGUCAAGAAAACCGAGAGGUGUGAUCUCACCAGUAACAGUCAAAAGGGAAAUAAGAUCGUUGAACCUAAGUUGGCUAUGAAUUUGAAUCGUAAAAGAAAGGUCGUUUUGGGUCAAAGUAAACCAAUAGAAUCAUCUGUUGUUGAUCCGAAAAGAAAAAAGGAGGCAAACAAUACAAGUGGUAGUGUGCCAAAGAUAUUUGUCAACCCCAAUUUUGAGAGGAAAGAGAAUGUUAUGAAGAACCACAAAAUAUCAAGUAGCGAGAGCAAAUCUUCAAACACAGCAAUUAUUAACAAGUCAACUCGUUUAAGCAGUGUUCAAACUUCGGUCCCCUCUUCCUCAAAUAGUUUUUCUCAAAUUCCAGUUCUAAUUGGAGGUAAAGAAGUUACAAAUAAGUUAAUACCAGAAACCUUCCCUCUGUGCACUGUGAUAGGACUGAAUCGAGCAAAACAGGAAGUAAAGAAACCAACUCGACAAAGAAUCAGAACCUUAAGCUCCAGCCUUGUUUUAAUUGGUAGAACAAAAUUAGUUAGAAAGAAUAAAUCAAAACAUAAAACAGUUGAAAUAAGUGGCAAACCUCUUUCUCAGCCUUUAUUUUUGUCAAAAACUAAACUUGUACGAAAUGUUGCCAAGUUAGUAGCUAACAACAACUGUUUGACCAAGAAUGAGCCCAAAAAAUCCAAUAAAAUAAUCCAGGCACAGCUUCUAUCCCUUCGAGGACGGCUUAAAAUAAGGAGAAGAAACUCAUCAAAUCUGUCCAAUUUAAUUCCUGUCGUACAAAAACCUGAAUCCGUUACAAAAAUAAGGUCCAAGAACGGAAAGUCUCUCAAGUUGAUUCGCAAAAGCGCCGAAUCUACGUCAUCUGCUACUAUACUAGAUAAGGAGAAAAGAGAAAUGAUUGUGAAAUCAAGGAAAAUGGAACUCAGACAACAAGCAAGGAUUUUCAGGAGUUCAUUUCAAAAUAGGUUGAAAAAUAAUCAAUUUUCAAAAAUUAAUGUUCCUUUGACGAAUCCACAAUCGACAAGUUGUUACAAUAACGUUUACAAGAAAAAUUACGUGUCUCGAAAGCCUCUUACAAAAGCUGCUCUGGUUGGAAAGAAAGAGGCGAUAAACCGAAUGAAUUCUCAAGCUAGGAACACACCUUUGGACUUGACAAAGUAUGUCAGAUCAAAAUAUCGCUUGAUAAGAAAACACUCUUCAAAUUCAAUGAGCAGAUACAAGCCCAAUGGAAAAACUGCAAGUAAAAAUCUGUCUCGUUAUAAAAUGGUUCAGCGCAAGAAACUGAGAUGGAAGAGAAAAAGUGAUAUCUCUGCGAGAAGACUUACAAGAAAGGACCUAAGCAUCAAGAAAAUUGGUGGAGUAUUUUAUAAGUACUCUCGAACCACGCUGACUAAGAACAACCCAUCUAAAACUGUUUCACAGCCUCGGAAAAGGAUUCACCAAGCUUUAGGAGUAAGAAGAUACAGCCGAAGCAGAUACUGCAUCAACAAACUACAAACCAGAAAACAAGCAAGGGCCAAUAAAGUACAGUUUGUUGCUCCGCCUGCAGGAAUGUCAUGGAAACGGACGGAUUACGACUCCCCUAGAUCCAUACUUACGCAAGCCAACAAGAAGAGUGUGUAUUUGUUGUCGAAGAAGUUGAAGAAGAACAAUGAGCCGUGCCUGUUUUUCCAUCGCCACGGCCGAUGUGCCGGCCUACAACGAGGGACGUGUGUUCGGCUGCAUGACAAGAAAUAUGUGGCAGUUUGUAAAAAGUUCUUGCAAGGAUCGUGUACAGAUGAUCAGUGCACGCUGAGUCAUGCACCAACCUGUCACAACAUGCCCACCUGUCAUCACUUCCUGGCUGGCCAGUGUGGUAGGGACAACUGCGCGUAUCCUCACAUCAAGGUCAGCGACUCGGCUCCUGUUUGUUUGGACUUCCUUAAGGGAUACUGCGUGCUUGGGGAUAAGUGUUCCAAAAGACAUUUUGAAAUCUGUCCAUCUUUUGAGAAAGGGACCUGUGCCAGAGGUAAGUAUUGUCCCUACCCUCACCCCAAGAACAAAAGCGAAAAUCUUAAAGGAAAGUUCAAACGCAUCAAGAGGAAACCAGACCCACCGAGGAACACGGAGACGGUAAGUAAACCUAGUUUAAGAUAUUUUGAAGAUGUCGGUCUUAAAAAGGAAAACGAGAUUUGUCUGAAGGAAGAACAGGAAGAAAACAAAGACGACUAUGAAGAAACUGAAGAAGUCACUCGACCAAAUAAACGUCCUCAACUAGGAGAGCUUCCGUCUUUCAUUCCUUUGAGUUGUAGUUUUCAAGAAGACUCUUGACGUAAUAAAAUGGAAGAAACUUCUCAAUAGUGUAUUCGAUACAUGUGAUUGUGUUUUUCUGUGAUAAAAGGUCAAUUGUUUCGAGCCUUUUGAUUUUCAAACUGAAACAUUUUAGUCGCUUUUCUGUUGGUCAGGUUUUUGGUUAUCAAAAUCAAAAGUUGUGAUAUGUUUACAUUAAAUUCAUUUGUUUGUGAAAUAGUAUUUUGGAAUUUAAAGUAUCUAUAAAAGAUGUAGAAUAUUGGGUUCUUGUGGUAAAAUAAUAGUUUUUAAAAACUAGAAAAACCUUUGAAACAUACAUUAAAUAAGUAAAUAAUCAACAACAAUAAUUAUUAAAAAGAAAGCCAAUCAGCUGAUUAAGAUUGUUUGAAAAGGGAAUCCAGAGCUUGCCUGAGAAACUUAAGUUUUUUUCAAACUACACUCUGAUGAAUUUCUGUCUUUAAAAUGAAAUUUCAGUGUACAUUUAGUUACUCCUAUCCUCUAUUAAAAAAAAUAUUGUGAAAAGUAAUCUUGGUUGAAGUAUAAUGGAGGAGUGGGUGAAAAUGAACCUGCCGAUAAAAAUAUCCUCCGGGAGUUUUAGCUUGUUUUGAUAAUAUCUAAUCAAACGAUGAACGAGAUUGCAUCGUAUAUUACUUUUACUCAUAUGAAAAUAAAUAUUUUCUUUUGUCUAAAUAGGUAAAUCUACUCUUUAAGUGGGUUUAAUAUAAUAGAUUAAAAGAUGGGUACAACUUCAAUCGUGUGUUCCAACACUUUAUCGCUGGGUCAAUCCAGACUGUAUAUAGUAAACAUUUUGUUAUUAUAGUGUUCUCUUGUAACUGAAACCAGGAAUGUUAAAAAGUCUCGUAUUAAGGAGAUAAGAUUAAUGUUUUGAUUUUGAGAUUUAAAAUUACAUGUUUCCAGUUUCCACCAUUUCUGCUGGAGAGUUUAAUUGAUAUUUAUUAGUAUAUAUGCAACAUUUUAAAGUGUAAUUCAUACAACUAAUUUAAAGCAAUCCGUUUGGAAAAAUACGCUUCCAGCAGGUUCAUAUUCAUUCAAAUCUGCAUUUUUCUUAUUACUCUGGAUACUAAUAGGAGUUAAGUACACUAUACACAUUCUACAGUUGGUUUUAACAAUAUAUCGUUGAUAUUAAAAGUGUUUGAUUGACAACACAAGCCAAUUGUAUGAUGGUUAGUUAUUAAUAUGAAUGUUUCCAACUAUUUUAAUGUGUUUAUAAUUGUUGUUUAGGUUUACAAAAUUACUACGAUUUACAUUUAACUUAAUUUGUGAAUUCCACUCACACAAAUUAAAAGUAAAAUAACUAAGAAAUGUAUCAUAAACUAAAAUAAUGUGUAUAGCUCUAUCAUAUACACGUUAUAUAACUUUACAAUAUAAUUUUGAUGUCAUAAAAAUGUAUAUAAAUGUUUUAAAAUGUGUUUUAUUGUAUUGUAAAAUAAAUAUUGCUUCCAUCCAGCCAAUCAAUAUAUAUUGAUCUCAAACAUAUAUUUUCUAUAAGCUAGAAUGUAAAAGUAAAUGCUAGACAUUUGAUGUACAGUGCAUUUUUAUGUCGUUUAUAGUACAAAUAAAAUAUACACAAAUAUGAAUAUAUUUUUUCAGUCUUUCAAUGUACAGUGUACUAAAUGAGUCCGGUUAUUAAUUUAUUUAACUUAUUAUUAUGUUUUUGUUCUCUGGUUGGUAAAUAUUUUAAAUGUGGCCAUUAUUAUAAUUCUCUAUGAGAAAAACUUGAUAAACAAAGUGUUUUUAAUUGUUUUGUACUGUGAGUACUAAAACAAGUUUUAGCUAUCUAUAUGAGCGUUUUGAGAGCACUUCUAUUACUAGUAUUUCUUAUCAAAGAGUAAGGAUGGAAGUUUUAUUAACCAUCCAGAGUACUUCAUGCAAUAUUUCUUACUCUUUGCUAAGAAACACUGGCAUUGUAAAGUUAGUGGAAGAUUCGAUACUAAUUUUAACUUGUUACACGUGUUAGCUGUAACAGAAGUGACUGAUAUCAUAGACAAAUAGAAUCAAUAAAUAUAGACCGUCAGCAGUGCUGCGGUUAGCAUAUGUUCCAGCGCCUACCGCUAGGAGUGCUGUGUAGUUACGGCGCACACCUCUGCAGGCGUGGAACGCAGGAGCCGUAUGCUACCAGCAGAUGCUGCAGCGUUGUGUGCCUUAACUACACACACUCCUAGCGGUGGGCGACGGAACCUUCCUUUGACAGUCUAUAUCUAUUUUAUUUGUCUAUGCAGUUAUCUCCUUCCAGUAAACCUGGUUAAAAUAGUUCAGUGUAAAAGAAAUUUGAAUUGUAUUUCAGCAGAAUAAAUCUACUUAUAUGUCAGUGAUUAGCAGGUUGUUAUGUAAAGAUUUAUUUUAUUACUAAUUUUAUUGUCGAAUUAUUGUCUGAUAUUUUUAAAUAAAGCAUG